AUGUUACGUAACGCCUUACAACUAAGAAUAUUUACUGGUAUUUCGACGAAUUUUAGCUCUAGUAUAAGAUGUUUUAAUCAAAAUUCAACAUUAUUGUCGAGAUAUCGGCCGAGGACGAGAAGACCGUUGGCUGAACCUAAACCAAAGGAUUUUAAACUGGUUACAGAUGAGUUACAACAGUUCCAUGCAGAUUCUAUUGGCCUCCGACCGCCAUCGCAUUUGUGGAGAGCUGUAGGGUUUACCGCUGGUGUAAGUUAAUAUUUUUGUGUUGUGUUUGUGUUUUUAGGUUUGAAAUUGUUACUAUAAGUUGGAUAUACGUUUUUUGAAGAUAUUCACAAAGUUUUAUUGAGGAGUAUAUCUUUCAAUUUGAGAUACAUUUUAAUUUGUAAAGCGCAUCAGCUGAUGUUUAGUGUAAUAUAGGAUUUGAUGUUUUCAUGGUCGACAUAGGUUGUAAAUGCCUAUGAAGUUAAUUUUAUAAGAAAAAGUAGAGUGUUGUAAAGGCUGCUGCAAAGUUUCAUAAAAAAUUGAGACUUUGCUUUUGAUCUGCAACCAAAUUUGUGAACAUGAGUAGUGUAAUAUUCAACUUGGCUUCAAAAAAUCUUUGUUUUACCAACUUUUUAUAACGCCAUGUUCACAAUAUUUAAAGUAUAGAGAACGAAGGUUUUAAUUAACGUAUUUUACAGUUAGCAGCAGUCUCCUACACUGUCGCAGCGUACAAUGACUUUCAACGACAAAAGGAUCUGUUGAAGAAGUCUGUAUCCUCGUUUUUCUCUGAUUUUUCGUUUGAAUCUUUUUUUGCUGAUUCAGAAGGUCACACCAGUCAUCAGGAAUUUAAAUUGACACCGGGACAAAAGCUGGUGUUUGGAUUAAUAGCAGCAAAUGUUGUGGUAACAUUGCUAUGGAGAAUACCAGCCAUGAGGAACUUCAUGAUGCAAUAUUUUACGAAUUCCUUUGCUCAGAGUAAGAUUUUUGUUGUGUCUGUUAUUUUUUAGGUGUGAUUGUUGCUGUGGUUGUUUAUUUUUUAUAAGUGUCAAGAACUUUGUUUACAAAUUUUGGUUUUUAGAAAGCUUGUGCAUUCCCAUGGUAUCUUCAGUAUUUUCCCAUAGUAGUUUCAUUCAUUUGGGGUUGAAUAUGUAUGUUCUACAUAGUUUUGCAUCAGUUUCAGUGGAUCGAUUCUUUGGCGUGGAUCAGGUAAUAAUUUUUUUGAUUUUUUGAAAUUUUAAAUAAUAGAAGUCUAAAGAGGCAUAAUCUUGGUAUAGUAUGGCUUUUGUACUAAAAUUUUUGAUGCUGGUACUAAGGUUUUAUUUUCAGUUUUUGGCAUUUUACCUUACAGCUGGUGCUUUUUCUUCACUGACUAGUUUAAUUCACAAAUCAGCCGUUGCUUCGCCGGUGAGAGCACUUGGAGCGGUAGGUUGGACAUUCUUUUUAUAACAUUUGUAUCUUUUUAUAAAAAUGCAAGAACUUUCUUUACAAAACAUAAAAUGGCAAGAAAUUUCUUUAAAAUCAAAAAAUGGCAAAAACUUUUUUUACAAAUCAAAAAUUUUUAAAUUUCCAUUAAAAUUCAUUUUCAGUCCGGAGCGAUCUGCGCCCUACUAGUCUACACCUGCAUGAAGAUACCAGACUCACGUCUCUCCAUCGUCUUCCUUCCAAUGUUCACGUUCAGUGCGGAGAACGCUGCAUUCGGAUUAAUGGCAUUCGAUCUCAUCGGCCUAAUAUUCAAAUUCAAACUCUUUGAUCAUGCCGCCCACCUGGGUGGCAGUAUAUUUGGGUUAUGGUACGCGUGGUACGGUCAACAAUUUGUGGAAAGAAAGUUCUUUCCUUUCAUUCAGGGAUUCUUGAAAUGA